CCGCAGCCCCCGACCUCUUCUACUGGCAUCAGGAAUCUGGCGACACAGAUGGUUCCAGGAACUCGCCCUCACCAAAAGAAGCAAAAGGCAGGAACAAUGCCGGCUGCCAACCACCAGCCACCACGCACACCAGUCAGAUUGACAAGGCAAAGUGCAGCCAUGCCUUCGCUUGGAGGCCGCCCGCCACCUAAGCCAAGACAUCCCUUGCCUCCUAAGACCACUUCGAAAGCCAUCCCUAAAAGAAAUGCCAUUUCUAGUAGUACCCAACAACAGGUCCAGGCCAGUACAACAACUACUGAGACCACUGAAACUACAAACCCAGUGUCUUUUCCUCCAAAAAUGACCAGGUCCACUCAAGCAAUGUCUUCACCAGUUCGAAACACAAUGCCUAGACCUACUAGACACACCAUGCAUAGUGCUCCUAGAUUCACUAGGGCUAGUGCAGCCAUGUCUUCUCCUGGUGCAAACCCUCACCAUAGUCCUCCUAGAUUCACUAGGGCUAGUGCAGCCAUGUCUUCUCCUGGUGCAAACCCUCACCAUAGUCCUCCUAGAUUCACUAGGGCUAGUGCAGCCAUGUCUUCUCCUAGUGCAAACCCUCACCAUAGUACUCCUGCAGCCACUGCUAUCAUAUCUCAUCAACCUAGUCCCACAACUAGUGUUAACAAAAUAGUUCCUACGGACAACUCACCAGGUGGGCACAGCUCUAGGCAAAGCAAUGCCAUCAUUGAGUCAGCUGAGCAAUUUGAUGCUGCUACUUCAGAGGGUAAUCCGAAUGAAGGAGAACCAGUUGGUGACUUAGUUCCAGCCCUUUUAGCGCCCAAAAAGAAUGUCCGCAAGAAAACCAUGGGUCAUGGCUUAGAGAAGAUGCUUAAUAGGGGAAACCGGUUGGCUAUCCACGUGGCUGAAGGGAAGAAAAGACCAGAGGUCCCACUUCAAGCAGCGAAGCUGGCAUCGGAAACUGGUGUUGCCCUUAGAGACAACCUACCUAUCUACAAAUCUUGGAAGCUUUAUGACAAUGCCGUGGGGCAGGCAGAAGUACGAAAAGCGCUUGACAAAGUCGCUUCAAGGUUGGAUGUCGAUGUUAAGAAUGAGGGACCAAGCAAAGAUGCAUGCACAGAUAUCAUAAAGAGGGGAGUGAGGCAGACGAGGUAUAACCUGAAAAGGAAGUACUUCGACGAGUCACUUACAAAAGAACAGUUGUUGGCCAUGCAACCUAUACCUAAAAUGAAUAAAGAGGAUUGGACUGGGCUGGUAGAGUAUUGGUGUGACCCAAAGAAUCAGAAAAAAUCUGCCAAGAACAAAGCAAACCGAGGCAACGUGCAGCUUCACCAAAGGACUGGAGCUAGGUCCUAUAUAGCCCAUCGUUACAGCCUGAGGACUAAGUACAACAACAUGGAGCCGGAUGCUCUUGAUUUCUUUGGGGAAUGUAUGAAUAGUCCCCGAAAUGGUCGUACUCCGCUUGCAAAUGAGAUAUAUGAGCAAAUGGUUGCAGAGAAGGAAAGAGAGCUAGAAGAAGGAGAAGCACAAAAGUCACCCUCCAAGCUCAACAGGCCGCACUUGAAGAAAACCAAAGUUUGCUGCGCCAGACCCAAGAGGAAGUGAAGGGGAUGCAUACCAAGUUUGAAGAGACCAAUGCACUGCUACGAGUUGUCCUGAAACUUCAGAAAGAUUGAGGUAGGGAUGCAUACCAAGUCUGAGGAUGAUGCCUUUGCUUAAGGUUUUUCUACCUUGCUAGAACAUAUCUGUGGUUAGAACUUUGUCAGAACUACGUGCAAUCUGUUUGAAUGCUUCAAACCUUUGUGGUGAAACUUUUGUAUGUUUGAACCCACAACAAUCUGUUUGAAUGCUUCAAACCUUUAUGGUGGAACUUUUGUAUGUUUGAACCUCUGUUGUGGAAGAACUAGUGUGCUGGAAUUGUGUAUGACUUGUGAUAAGAAUGUUGUGUAUGAUGGCUUUUCUGUGUA